AACAAAAGAGUUUUGUGGCUUUUUCAAAAAGUUGAAAUUAAUCUACUUAAAACAAGAUCCAAAUAAGGUGGAUAAGACUUGAGUUUUUUGGUGUUCCAUAAUUUCCACAAUAUAUCUAUUUAUGGAAAAAGCUGCUGUAUUUACGAUAAACCUUGCUACCUUGAGCAAAAGUAUUAAUUGUAAAAAAUGCCUAUCCUACUGGAUUUGCAGCAAACAUAGGAAGAACGGACUAACUCCACGCCAUCUUCCUGCUUAACAAUAAAUUAAUAUAUUAAAUUUUACUAAAAAUAUUUAUAUAAAUAAAAUGAAGUUAAUAUUUUAUUGAAACGUAAAUUAAAAAAUAACAAAACAUUGAAAUUAUACAUAGAAUAGAAAAACUCAUAAAAGGAGGAUAUAUAUGAAAAAACCACAGAGAGAAUAUACUUAAUUUAUCAUCACAAUAAUCAGAGUUGGAAUCUUAAUCAUUGUCUAUGAUUCUAGAAAAAGAGAGAUUUAUUAUAAUAUGGUUAUUCAGAGUGAUAUUUUAACUUGUAAAAAGUAAUAAAUUAAAGUAGAUGUUGUGACUAGUAUUAAAUUGUCUUUUAGUAUAUUUAAGAUCCAAUUUCUCUUAGACAUGCAGAGAAUGUGAUGAGUCUUUUUCUUGGGAAUGGUACCUAUCUAUUUAUUUUCUUUCAUUUGUUGAAGUAAUAUUAUUCUAAAUAUGAAUUAAAUUAAAUAAAUAAAACUUAGCAGGUCUAAUCUAAUAAUAUUAAGAUACGAACAAUAAUAAUAAAUUGAAUUAUCUUUAGGAGGAAUUGCAUUAAAUCAUUGAAUGAUGAGCAUAAGCAAUCUUCGCAGACACCCAAUUUUCCUAUCUGUUGCCAUUUCCAUAAAUAAGCGGCAAAAGGUGACGAAAUCGUUGACACGACAACAACAGAUGGGGCGAUCCUAUCAACUUCGCAGCAAGGAAUGAUGUUCGAAUUUGUCUGUGUAUUAAUGUGAAGGAUAAAUCAGAAACACAGCAAUCUAUGCAAUCUGUAUAUCCAUAACAUUUGACAGCACAAGUGAUCUAUUCUGCUUUGCCGCUUCAUGAAUUGUUCGUAUGUGAAAGGUGAUAACUCAUUUUGCUUACUAUAUAUAUGGAUUGAGAGGUGACUUGUUGCUAGUUCAUUGUGCAUGAAAGAAUGGUGGAAAUCAACCGAAUGGCUAUACUAUCAUACUUGCAGCAAAUUGUGCGAGAACUGCAUAGGGGAGUAGCAGAGCUCAAUCCCUUUCUUGUCUCUCUUCUUGUCAUUUUAUUUCUUCUCUUUUGGCGUAAGCUUACUGGAGGUGGCAAACACAAGAAGCUACCUCCUUCCCCACCAAAGCUACCCAUAAUCGGCAACCUUCACCAGCUAGGUAAACUCCCCCAUCGUUCUCUUCAUACUCUCUCUAAGAAGUAUGGCCCUCUAAUGCUCUUGCAAUUCGGGCACAAUAAGAAUCUCGUGGUUUCAUCUGCAGAAGCAGCCAGAGAAAUGAUGAAAGUCCAUGAUAUUGUAUUCUCAAACCGACCUAGAAUAACAGCUGCAAAUAUCUUCCUGUAUGGGUGCGCCGACAUCGCAUUCUCUCCCUAUGGAGAGUACUGGAGACAAGUUAGGAAGCUUGGUGUAAUUGAGCUUCUAAGCCUUAGAAGGGUUCAAUCGUUUCAGUUCGUAAGAGAAGAAGAAGUAGCAAUUUUGUUGGACGAAAUCCGUGGUGCAUGUGCUGCAGGAGCUUCCGUUGAUCUUAGUGAGAUGUUGCUUGCUAUUUCAAACAACAUAGCUUCCAGAUGUGUUAUUGGGCGGAGGGCUGAUGAUGAGAAAUUUGGUAAGGGCAAGUUUGCAGAGUUGUCGAAAAGGAUCAUGGAGCAAUUUGCUGCUUUUAUAAGUAUUGGGGAUAUGUUUCCAUUGUUGCGAUGGAUGGAUAAUCUUACUGGUUUAAUUCCUCAGAUGAAAUCAUCUUUCAGAGAGAUGGAUGCUUUUCUUGAUAAGGUGAUUGAAGAGCAUAGAAUUAUGGAAAGUGAUGAUCAACCCCACUCUGCUGAGAAAGAUUUUGCGCAUAUUCUCCUUUCUCUUCAGAAAAGUUGCAGGCUUGAUUUUCAGCUCACUCCAGACCAUCUGAAAGCAAUUUUGAUGGACAUGUUCGUGGGAGGAACUGAUACAACUUCAACUACCAUGGAAUGGGUGAUGGCAGAGCUUCUAAAAGACCCAAAGUUGAUGAGAAAAGCCCAAGAAGAGGUAAGGAGAAUUGUGGGAAAGAAAUUAAACGUCGACGUAGCCGAUGUUGAUCAAAUGAACUAUCUGAAAUGUAUAAUAAAAGAGGCUCUAAGAUUGCACCCUCCUGCUCCUCUACUGGUUCCAAGAGAAACAUCAGCAAAGGUUGAAUUGGGAGGCUAUGAAAUUCCUCCCAAGACAACAGUCCAUGUGAACGUACUUGCCAUCCAAACAGAUCCCAGAAUAUGGGAAAGGGCGGAAGAGUUUUUACCAGAAAGAUUUGAGAAUAACCCAGUUGAUUUCAAAGGCCAGGACUUCCAAUUCAUCCCAUUUGGUGGUGGGAGAAGGGGUUGUCCGGGUAUAGCUUUUGGGAUGGCCUCGGCGGAAUUUGUGAUUGCCAACCUAUUAUAUUGGUUUGACUGGAAGUUGCCUGAUAGUGGUGCUGCUCCUGAGAAUUUGGACAUGACUGAAGUUUUCGGAAUAACUGUUCAUAAGAAAAUUCCACUUCGUGUUCAACCUACGUUGUACCAUCCUUGAUCAUGUUGGUGCGUAGUGAUAAAGGGAAGACGACGAGGGUUUUCAAAGAGAAGGGAUGGAAUUGGAGGGACUGCAUAUCUUUUUUUACUUUUCUUUUUUAAAUAAAGUGGGUAUCUUAAUUUGUUAUCUUUUGAAAAAAAUAAAAAUAAGCCCUAAU